AUGGAGAAACCCAGUCAAUCAUCCCCGGCCGCGCCCGAUCUCGAGGCCAGUCCAUCACCACAGUCGAACAAGGAGUCCACCCUCACGCGACGAUGGAACCAAACCCUGGACCCGACCAAUGCAGACUUGGUGUGUCUGUUGCUAUGCUUCUUGACGGGUCUCUGCGAUAGCAGCGCAUACAAUGCCUGGUCCUGCUUCUUGGGCAUGCAAACCGGAAACACCAUCUUCCUCGGCCUCGGCGCCUCCAACCAACCCGCCAGCAAACCAUGGGGCUGGCUCAAAUCCCUCGUCUCCAUCGUCUCCUUCUUCACCGGCGCCAUGAUCUUCUCUGUCGUCAUGCGCCGCGUAGGCGCCCUCCGCCGCGGCACCCUCUUCGUCUCCUUCCUCACCCAAACCAUCCUCAUCAUCAUCGCCGUGGCCCUGAUCCAAGCCGAUCUCAUCCCCCACACCUCGGCCGACCAGUCCCUCGAUGGAGGACCCCUCUUCCUGGAGCUGAUCCCAAUCGGUCUCCUGGCAUUCCAAUCCGCGGGCGGAAUGACCUGCAGUCGCUCGCUGGGGUAUAAUGAGAUCCCGACCGUGGUUUUGACCAGCGUUUAUUUCGAUAUUGCGUCCGAUCCCAAGAUUACGGAUAAGCCCACGACGAACGUCAAGCGCAAUCGUCGCAUUGGUGGUGUCGUGUUCUUGUUGAUUGGCGCUAUUGUCGGAGGCUGGUUGAGUCGCAGCAGUGGUGGCAUGCAAUCCGCCUUGUGGAUGGCGGCUGGUAUCAAGUUUGUGGCGGCGAUUGGCUGGCUCUUCUGGAAGGCUGCUGUUCCGAAAUAG